AUGUCCGCACGUGGUUUCAGCGGCGGUGGAAGAAGCUUGGAAGAAGCCCAGCAGCGCGCGGCAACCGCGUCGUCGCGCGUCAAACUGAAGAAGUUUCUCCUACGGUACUACCCGCCAGGAAUCAUUCUCGAGUACACACACAAUGGCGAGCUCAUGCAGCGGAGCGUGGACCUGCUCGACCUCACCGCAGAGACGGACACCGAGGCGGUGCUGAACCAAAUCGUCGAGCGAGAGAAGAUGAUCAAAGAAGCCCAUCGCGAGCCACUUCGUAAGCUCAUCUUCAAACUCCAGGCCAAGCUCGGCGGGGGAGUGGUCAAGACAAACUUCGCCCUGUCCAAAGUCCUGCGCGCGCACAUUCUGCCGCUGACGAACUGCGCGUUUAACAAGGGUGGGGACAAGUUCAUCACGGGCAGUUACGAUCGAACGUGCAAGGUUUGGUCCACGGACACGAGUGAGGAGCUGCAGACAUUGGAGGGACACAAAAACGUCGUGUACGCGAUCGCGUUUAAUAAUCCCUACGGGGAUAGAGUGCUCACGGGUUCGUUCGAUAAAACCGCGAAGCUGUGGGACGCGAGCACCGGUCAACUGUAUCACACGAUGAACUCGCACACCGCCGAAAUCGUGUGCGUCGGAUUUAACCAGCAGAGCACGACGUACGCGACGGGUUCGAUGGAUAACUCCGCAAAGCUGACGGAUGUGGAAACGGGCGCGGAGAUUUGCACGCUGUUGGGUCACUCAGCGGAGAUCGUCGCUUUACACUGGUCGACCGCGGGAGACCAACUGUGCACGGCGUCGUUUGACCACGAAUCCAGAGUAUGGGACGCACGAACGGGACGAUGCGUGCACGUCUUGUCUGGUCACACGAGCGAGGUGAGCUCCGCGCAGUGGAACUUCUCGAGCGAUGCGAUCGUUUCAGGUUCCAUCGACGGAACGGCGAAGAUUUUCGACGUCAGAGCUGGUGAGUGUCGAGCGACGUUGACCGGUCACGCGGACGAGGUGUUAGAUGUGGUCUUCAACGCGACAGGGACGAAAGUCGCGACCGCGUCCGCGGAUUGCACGGCUAAACUUUGGAACGUCAGCAGCGGUCGAUGCGAGGCCACGCUCUCGGGUCAUUCUCAAGAGGUUUCGAAGGUUUCAUUCCGUCCUCAGGGUGACCGCGUGUUCACCGCGAGUGCGGAUUCGACUGCGAAGGUAUUCGACGUGAACGGUGGUAAGUGCCUCCAAACUUUAGAAGGGCACGGCGACGAGAUCUUCAGUCUCGCUUCGAACUACCACGGAGACGUCUUGCUGACGGGCAGUAAGGACAAUACGUGUAGAAUUUGGAAGACGUGA